UUGCUUCAAUGUUUCCAUCAAUUCAUAAAAAAGGGGACUGUACUUGAGUGGUGUGAGAUUCUUCCAGAGAGUUUUAAGGCUCGCAAUGUGUUUACGGCUAUCCAACAGCUCCGGGAGCCGGUCCGCGACGCCGAUGUAGCCACGCAGCAGCCACAGCAGCCACGUGAUACCCCUAAACCGCCAAACGAACAGUACUUCGAGAAGUUCGUUUCAGAAGAACAAAGAUUGAAAAAAUUGUACAGAAUUGCCCAACGCAUGACUGCUGUUGAGACAACGACACAGAUAUGCAAAGACCGUGAAGACCUCAUUCCAGCCGAUCCGAUCAUACAGGCAAAGGCGAUGUACCAGAGAAUAGAGCAACCUGUGAAUCAAAGGAACCCACUCUAUCGGCAGCACGUUAUUCUUUUUGGAGAUGCAGUCGACCGAUACGCAGCAUUGCGGCUAGUGGAACUCUCAAGAGGGCAAGACCGCAAAACCGCCGCUUUCGAAGCGAUCGCUGAAGGACUUAAAACCGAAAAGAAAAAGGUGGCUAAGAGGUACACUCACUCUCGCCUUUACUUGAAACUUGCAGAAAUUGGAGGGCCGGGUUCUCUUUGUUCAAUAGAUGGCUCCAAGUGGGACAUGGAAAACACCAAUGAAGAAGACAUAAAGUUGCUCUGCAACUAUAGGAAAGAAAGGCUACCAGCGGUGGAAAUGCAAUCCCAGGCUCUCGAUUUCAUGGUGGUCGAAGAUUUUGCCCGCAAUCUCCUGGUCCAAGGGGUAGAUGCAGCCGAGAUUGCAGUAGGCCGCACCACUUUAGCAAAAUUGAUCUGCCGUCACGUAGAAAUCGAACGGUUUGUACAAGAUGGGACUAUAACUCCAAAA